GUUCUUGCAUACUCAGGUAUUGCCCAAACUUGAAUUGAACUAGACACAAAAGAUUCUCUCAUGGGGCGUCGUCCAGCCUUUUGCCCUCCCCUACUAUCCAAUCGAUGUGCUAGGACAGCGGCACCAAACUCGUCCCCACCAAUUCAUGGUGGCAAACCAUGCACUGCAUCUGAGGUCAGCCUCGUGCACCUCUCUGCUGCAGCAGCACACCGUCGUGAGGAGUUGGCGACCGAGGUGGAGGAGGAAAGCGACAAUGCAACACCGAGGUUGCUUUCUGUUCUAGUCCCCUCAUCAAGUUCACCUUCUAUCCAUACAAGAUAUCCAUUGGGUUCAACAAGUCAUACAAGCCAUCAAAGUCAGAGAGAAAUGGGUGAUAUUGAUCCAAAUGUGGAACCAGAACAAGAUUAUCUAGGAGGGCAAAGAGAAAUGGUUGAAUGGAAUGUUGAGAAUGUCCAAGCAGAUGAUGAUAAUUCUCGAGGAGGAGGGCAGAGGAGGAAGAGAAAACAUGUGACCAUUCCUCUAUUCAGAUCUCCAUUAAGUCGAUUGUUGUUGUCGCCAAGGAUAAGGUCCCCCUCUAUGCAGCAUAGGACAUCUCCAUUGGGUUCAACAAGUCAUACAAGCCAUCAAAGUCAGAGAGAAAUGGAUUAUAUUGAUCUAAAUGUGGAACCAGAACAAGAUUCUCAGGGAGGGCAAAGAGCAAUGGCUGAAUGGAAUGUUGAGAAUGUCCAAGCAAAUGAUGAGAAUUAUCAAGGAGGAGGGCAAAGUAGGAUUAAAAGAAAACAAGUUAAUGCUGAGCAAGCGAGAUCUUUAUUUGAUUCAUUGCUAGCGAUGUCUAGAAAUGGUAAGUUGAAGGGCCAUGAGACAAGUGAGGUUGCUGCAUUGUACUCAGUCCAUGUGCGAACAGUACAAAGAAUUUGGAAAAGAGGAAAAGCUUGCAUAGAUCAAGGUCAACCAAUAGAUGUUUCAAGCCGAAAAAGGAAUAGGUGUGGCCGCAAGAAGAAAGAGCCAGAUGUAUCAGCACUUAGCAAUGUUCCCAUUGCAGCACGUCAAACAUUGGAAGAUGCAUCAAAGCACUUAAAUGUAAGCAAAAGCAAGUUGUACCGGAUGCUCAAGAAAGGUGAAGUAAAGCGAGUGUCAAAUUCCUUGAAGCCUCUGUUGACCGAUAACAACAAGAAGGAUAGGCUAAACUGGUGUUUGCGUAUGCUUGACCCAACAAGCAUACCAAAUGAUCCCACAUUUCAAGGACUCUUCAAUUACAUAUAUAUUGAUGAGAAAUGGUUCAACAUCACAAAAAAAACUUUAAGGUACUAUACUGCCCCUGAUGAGCAGCAGCCGAUACGAACAUGUAAGAACAAAAACUAUAUUCCAAGAAUCAUGUUUUUGACUGCUCUUGCUCGGCCAAGGUUUGACUCAAGUGGAAAUUGCACCUUUGAUGGCAGAAUUGGUUGCUUUCCAUAUGUAACCUAUGUUGCCGCUAAGCGAUCAAGCAGGAACCGCCUUGCAGGGACAAUCGAGAUGAAACCCAUUCUCUCGAUCGAUAAGAGUGUGAUGAGAGAUUUCAUGAUUGGAAAGGUCCUACCGGCUAUUCACGCCAAGUGGCCUCGUGAAGAUAUUGGAAAGAUCAUAUACAUUCAACAAGAUAAUGCUACACCUCAUUUAUCUCCUAGUGAUAAGCUUUUUUGUGAGGCGGCUCAACAAGGGGGAUUUGAUAUUAGAAUUGUCUGCCAGCCAGCUAACUCCCCUGAUUUGAACAUAUUAGACUUGGGCUUUUUUAAUGCUAUUCAAUCAUUACAGAACAAAUCAACAUGUAGAACCACAGAAGAAUUGGUAGUCGUUGUGGAUAAGGCGUUUGAGGAUUAUUCAGUGUGUAAGGCAAACAAAAUAUUUUUGACACUUCAUGCCUGCAUGAGGGAAAUCAUGAGAACAGGUGGUAAUAAUGGCUAUGACCUUCCACAUAUACGGAAAUCAAUGCUUGAGAGGCAAGGUUCCCUGCCUUUGCAGCUGAAAUGUGAUGCCACAUUGGUCAAUGAAGUUAUGGCUCAAAUCAGCGUUUGAGAGGUGGAGUACUCAAACAGAUUUUGCUAAU